UUCCUUUAGCAAACUCCUCUGAGGAGGUCUAGGACCAAUGAUUCCAGUAUCCCUGGGCCAGGCUUCUCUCGAAUCCAGCCACUCAGUGUGCUACCUAGACAAUCAGGUCUGCCCUUGACGGGUCAUGGACGGCCUCACACUGCCAAGUCCAGUGGUCAGCUCUCAUCUGCUCCCUGAGCCCAACAUCCUAUCCCUAGGAAUGUGUCCCCUUUCCUAGUCCAGAGCCUGGCUUCCAAGAACACAUGAGAGCCUACUCCCAGAGCAUCCACACAAGAGCCCAUUACAGAUUAGAGAUGGGUAAGGUGGCGCCACCUCAAAUCUGAGACUCAUGGUGAUGGGAUUGAGUCCUAGAGCCCUUCCCUGAGGCUCCUCCUGCUUGCUUGGCCACUGGGAGGCAGGCAGUGGGUGCCAGGCCAGUUCAACCUCCCGUGUGUGGGAGCUGCCACUCCAUGAUGCACCGUCCACCACCCCAAGGAAACAAAAUACUGCCUAACUUGAUUUUAUGCUUUAAUUGCGCGCUGGUGAUUUAUAGCCGGCCGUAUAUUUUUUUCUCGGCUGACAUUUUCCUACAUGUAUUUCUUUUAUCUAUCACCGCACUUGACAGGUGAGUUGUUGAUAUUUACUGUCACUGUAUGUACCAAUAUUUCCAACAUAUAUCACCGCCCACUGUAAGGCCACAGCCAUGUCAUGGGCACAUAAAGCCCUGCCCGGCUGUGGCCAGCCUGCUCCACACAUAAAAGGGGAUCCCAAGAUCCCCUGCUAACAGAGCCCCUGCUAACAGCAUGCAGUCGCACAGUCACAUGUCCAUGGUGUCACUGUGAUCUCAGUUUUAGUGUAUAUUCAGUGUGUGUGUGGUAUGUAUAUGGGCAUGCAUGUUUGGGGGCUGUAGCAUAUGUGUGGAGGUCAGAGAGCAGUCUCGAGCGUUAGGCCUUGCUUUUCACCCUCUGUGAGGGAGGGACUCUAUUUUUUGGCUGCAGAGGCCAGGCUAGCUGGCCAAAGAUGGCCGACAUCCCACCUCACGAUAGGUGUGCUGGGUUUAUGGUGUGCGCUGCUAGCCCUGGCUUUUCGUGGGUCCCCCCGCUUGCAAACCAUCCACUUUACCCGCAGAGCCACUUAGCCCAUGAUCUGCUCUGUAUUUGGGUUAUUAUUAUUAUUGAUGUUGUUGUUGUUACCUUUACUAUUUUGGUUUUUCUCACUGUGUAGUCCUGGCUGACCUGGAGCUCAAUCUGUAGAAGACCAGGCUGGCCUUGAACUCACAGAGAUCUACCUGCCUCUGCCUCCCAAAUGCUGGGAUUAAAGCCGUGUGCUACCAUGGCUGACAAUUAUUUGGGCUAUUAAUGUAAUAUUGUAAAUUACUUCAAAGAGUAUGAAAUGCUGUUAUUCUGAGGUGAAUGUUACCUGAGAAGAAGUAGUAAUCUAAUCCAAUCCCCUCAGCUCAUACAGAAGGAAACUUGAGCCCAAAGACAGGCAGUGACUCUCUUGAGACUACACAGCUCAGCCAGUAAGAAAGAGGCUGGAGUUAACUUCCAUUGUCACUUGACCGGAUUUAGAAUUAUCACAUAAGUGACUCUGGGCAUCCCUCUGAGGAUGUUUUUAGGAAGGUUUAAUUGAGCAGGAGCCCCCACCCAGCAUGUCGGCCAUACCCUUCCAUCAGCUGAAUAAACUGGAGUGAGUGAGCUCAGCACCAAUACUGACUCCUCUCUGCUUUCUGAGUGGGGACACAGGGUAAGCCGUCUUGCCUCACACUCCUACCACCAUGCCUGUGCAGCUGUGAUGGAUUCUUAGACAGGGAGCCAAACCCUUUCUUCCUCAAGUUGCUCUUCUCAGGUCUUCUACCACAGACAGCAAUGAGAAAACCAAGGAAUACAUAGGCCACAUGUUCCCUCUCCCCCUGAGGGGACCUGCACCCCCAGAGCUUUCAGAAGGCCAUGCCUUCCCCUUGCACCUCCUCCAGCCAUAUGUCCCUUCCUGCCAAGCCCUUCCCUGGACACCUCACUCCCAUUGCCUCGUGAAAUUUCCGAGCUCAGCAUUCCUGAUCCCACAGUCUGGCUCCCCUUCAUCCACUGCUGAAUCUCUGGCCAAGGUCACACCAGUGUUGUCAGAGCCAGUGCCUGGCCUGUGGAGUGCCCAGCCCCCUGCAGUUUGCUAAGGCACCAAGCAUGUCAUUUGGAUAACCUCAUUAAAACCUUAUUCAACAGCCUGGUAGGUCUCAUAGAUGGGAAUAGACUUGGAACAGUCUCUUUGGUGCAUGGUAACACUUUAGGCCUAAGAGAACCUCUUUACUCUGGAUUGCUCAGCUUCUGCCAAGGGGCCUGCUCCACCUGGGAGGAAGAUUCACCUUGGAUAUUUGAUUCUGGGCCGGGGACCAUGCUCUUGACCUCAUGCAUCUGCACACAAGAAGUCCGUGCUUACCCCGUGCAGCCAUGCAGCUAGAGAUUACUUGAUGAGCUCUGAGUCCCAAACUACCUUGGAAAGGGGACUUGGAGACAGAGCGCCACCUAGUCCCUUAGGGUUUUUUGGUUUGGUUUGAUUUUGCUCUGCCCGUUGCUAACACUGACCACAGACUCCAAACCUCUUCUGUUUUUUUCCCUCUCAAAGUGGGGUUCUAGGGACAUAGACAGUUCUCCGGGAACGGAGUCACAAAUCAGACACUGACUCUGACAACCGAGGAGUGACCUUGGCUAGAGACUCGGCAGAGGAUGAAUGGACGACAGAUUGUGGGACCAGGAGGUGGUGGGAGUUAGUUGAUCAGAGAGGGCCCCCGGCAGGAAGCGAUAAAUGGGUUGAGGGAGGUCUGAUAGCAUGGGUAACGCAGAAGUGUCUGUCAGGAACCUGUGGGACAGGCAGCAGAAAUGACAAGGGGCUUUGAGGCGAAGCACUGUGACUUACCACCCAAAUGGGCAGGGAUGAGAGUGCAGGAUAGAAUUAAAAGGCUCGCCCGCCCGUACUGCGGCUGGCCUUAAUGCUGCUCACAGCUGCCACUCCCGUGUCACCCAGAUCCACUGUGCUUGGGGACCUUGUUUCCGCCGCCCAGUGCCAUCUGCCCCCCAAGCUGAUUUGCAACUGUUUGGUUCCAAAGAGUCCCCCAUGGCAGGAGAUCCCGAGAUCUGAUUUCCACAGAUGUCGGGAAACUGGGCUCCAGAGGCUGGACAUAGGGCCCAGCUGAACUCAAGGGCUCUGGGUGGUCAGAUAAUCCUGGGCUCAUCACCACCUGAUAUAUGGCUGCUGGUCCCCCGGGAGACCUGCUGGGCUAAGUAAUUGCUUCUGCCUUGAUUACUGGCUGUCACAAAUGACUGUGGCUUGGUCCCUCCAGUGUGUUCAAGUCUUACAAAUCUCCAUGCACACAGGCACUAUCGGAACCAUCCGAUCAUUACCUUAAAAGGUGUAAUUUGUUUAGCAAGGGAAUUAGACUAUAAACUAUUCAGAAAUUAUGGAAACCACAUGUCAAAGAGACCCUCCUGCCUGCAGGUUCCUCAGUACUAUGUGUGUCUGUGCGUGUAUAUGUUCGUGUGUCUCUUGUGUGUCUAUAUGUGACUGCACAUCUGUCUGUGUGUCUGUCUGCCUGUCUCCCAGGAGGUAUAUAGUUAUUAGAAAUACAAGGUGGCCAAGCAAACAUCUGACCCCAGACCGCAUUCACAGCCACUGACAGUCCCAGAACAGUAUUGACUCAGAGGAACAGGCUCCCAGUCCACUCCCAAAUCAAGAUCCACAGUUCCCAUGACGGACGCUGCCACAGCCUCUGCCCGGAGCACUGUCUGACCCCGAGGCUUUAGAGCCUCAUCACCUUAGCCUCUGACCCUACAAGCCUUCUCUUGCUUUCCUACAACUGCCUGGACACAUGCACCAUCACUGCCCUAGUGAGACCAGCUCACAAUGGCAACCAGCCGGCACUUGCCUCGUCUUCCUCAACCCUAACAGUAACUCAAAGGGGCUGACUUCUUAUUUCCACCUUAGACACAGCCACAUGAGUGGCUCCGUAACGCCUGAUGUCUCAGGUUCACGAUGAUCGUGGAUUAAAUCCCAAUACCUACCCCUUUUUAUGAAGUCCACUCAAGAGGAGGCCAACCUCGUUCCUUAAAGAUGAGGCCAUAAUCUAUGGGCUCCUGCCUUCAAAUCCGAUAACGAACAGAGAGGUUCUGGUCACUGAGGGAUUAGGUGGAGGACACCAGCAGAGACCUGUGCACAGCCAGGAAAACCACCCUGUGUCAGCCAAACAGCCAGCAUGCUGCAACACAGUGUCCUGGACUGCAGGGAUAAAUCACACAGCCCCAAGGACGCUGCCUACCUGCCCUUGGCUGACAGCCACCUGCAGAUUGACUGGCUGGGGGAGGGGCUGGCAAGGCGAAGAGAAUGCUCGCCCACAUAGUUCCCUGAGGCUGUGUCCUUCACCCCUCCAGAGACCCCUUAGCUACCUGGCAGGGUGAAAGCCUUGGGAUCAGAGGGGGUACACCCCCUAAAGUACUACCUUUCAUAUAGGAGCCUUCUAGGACCACAGCACCCUAGAAAGCCUGCAUCUGUCUCCCACAAGCCCUGACAGGCAGAGUCUAGAUCCCCAGUCAUCCGGGUCAAUUGAAAUGCCCUGCCUCCUGGAAUGACCUUGAAGUCUUCCCCUUACCCAAACACUGUAUGAACCUCACUCCCAGCUAUGCUUGCCCUGGCAUUUGAAGCAUCGUGGUUUCUCUCCCAAGCCAUAUCAAUCAACAGGACCCGUUUCUCUGUGACUUAGCCCCUGACACACUGCAAACACCCUCCACGUUGCCCUACCUGGAGGUGAGCCACUCCAGACAGUUACAAGUCAUCUCUAUCGGAAGCUCUCAACUCGGAAGGAGGGCGAAUAGGAGAGGUGGGAGCAGCCCCAGCCUUGAAAGAGGAGGUUCUAAGAGCCAUGUCCUCUACAGCAGGACCAGGCUCCCAGAGUUAGCCACGUGGGCACGGUUACUCACUCUAGAGGUAACCAUGUAGAAGUGUGCACUCCCGAGAGGCAUAGAAAGGCUGGGUACUUGCUUUUUUUUUUUCUUUUUUCUUUUUUUUCUGACAGGCAGCUAGUAAAAGAGAGGAUGGAUGCUAGCAAGCUCCAAUCUGGGUUCACCAAACUGCUUCUACAACUCCAUUUUGCAGAAUGGUCCUGUGCACUGUGGGUCUUCUACAGCAGGGGACAUCAGAAUUCUCACCUUUCCUAAAGAAAGCACCUGAGCCCAGAGGUACUAAGGGAUCAUCUACCAGUGCAGGAACGCAUCUGCCAGGGCAGAGACCCACCCUAGGUGCACUGUGCUUCAGUUAGGGGACAUUCAGGGCUCCCUGUCACUUGACGGUGAUGAAGGGUGAGCUUGGAAGACCUAUUCCCAAACCCCUACUCUCCUCAAGCCCUGGCCCUAUGUGUUAUAUUGAACACACAAUCUGGAAAAGACGUGCUUAACAAAUGCAGUGCAACAGGCUUCAGGAUGCCUUCUGCAUGGAGGCUGGCUCUCCUAGUACUGACUGGACUCAGGAAAUCACAGCCCCUUUCUCUGUAUCAGUUGGGUAUCUCUUCCCUCAGGCUUGAAGAUUUUAUCUCCUUUGGAGCAGAGAAGCUAAAGACCCAGAAAGAAAAACAGCAGCAGCAACAACAACAAAAGAAAAAUCAACCCAUGUUACUGAGCAGGUCGGAAGUUAAAGGCCCUGUCAGAAAGGAGCACCACCAAGGGACUGGAGAGAGGGCAGAGGCAAGAUGAUGAAAGGAACACCAUUGUUUGCAAAGCAUUGCAGUAAGACACACAGCUGUGGCUCUAAGGCCUGCCACCUUCAGAAGUCGACCUGUGGCAAAUGCGGCUACCCUGCCAAGAGCAAGAGAAAGUGUAACUGGAGUGGCCAGGCUAAGAAACGAAACACCACCAGGACUGCACGAAUAAGGAACCUAAAAAUUGUCUACCGCAGACUCAAACGUGGAUUCUGUGAAGGAACAACACCUAAACCCAAGAGGGCAGCUGUUACAGCAUCCAGUUCAUCUUGAGGAUUUUAAUCAGUCAUAAAAUAAAUGUUCUGGUUUC